GGUGUAGCAGACAGAUGGAAAGAGCUGCAUGCAAAGGCCAUCCAACCACAGCAGGUGCACACAUCCUUACAGGUACUGCAGGUGGCUAUUUCCCGGAGAUGCUCAGGUUCGUUCAGGGUGCUGACUCACACUUGUCCAGACUUUUCUUUGCUCCCUAGGAGUAGAUAGGAAGAGUACCCAGGAAAGAGCUGAUAGGUGCUGCAUGUAGAUCGCCAGCUGGCAUCAGACAGCCUGUGCAGCCUACCUUUAGCAGCCUUUUUCUCCCCUGAAACUACAUGGAAACCAGAUGGAUGAGUUGUUCAGCCAUCAGACAUGUCCUGCGGGCCCUCUCCUUGAGCAGCUGGGAGUGUGCCAGUGGGAGGCUGGAGACCACAGCAGGCUGCUGUUGAACAAAUCAUCCACCUCUCACCCCUCCUCCAGAUUGUCUUUGCUAACGCAGUGCUGCUGAAUGGAUACUUAGAAUGGCUGGUAAAAAAAUGCCUCUGAAAAGAGAAUACGAUGAGUGUAUCUAGACUAGAAGGCUAUAGCAUAAUUUAAGAAAUGUAUCUUAAGCUACUUAAACCUAGUUUGUCAAGCUUACAGAUAAAAGUUUGCAGCACAAAUCUGAUUGAUUUUAAUGCUUUCUCUAGGGUGAUCUUCAUAGAAACCACUAAAGACUUCAAAGAACUCAUUUUUAGGCAAAAUAAGUGAAAUAAGUUGUUCUGAUAAAAUGGAUCCUUGUUCAGUUGGAGUCCAGCUUCAAGCUACCAAUGAAUGUCAUAAGACCUAUUAUACCCGUCACACUGGCUUCAAGACUAAGGAAGAUAUAUCUUCAUUUGAUCUACUGUUGCUUCAGCUUAGGACUGGGAUGACCCUUUCAGAAAACGACACUAUCUGCUUUCAUCAUGCAAAAAUUUACAUUGAAAGAUUUGAAGACUUACAAAAGUCAUGUUGUGAUCCCUUUAAUAUGCACAGAAAACUGUCAAAGAAAAACUUGCGUGCAAUUGACCUGCAUGACGCAACUUUUCUAACUGCCAAGUUUGGAAGACAGUUUGUACCUGGUUGGAAGCUUUGUCCCAAAUGUAUGCAGGUAAUAAAUGGCAGUGUGGAUGUCGAAGCUGAAGAACGCCAAAGAAGAAAGCUUGAUUCGGACGGGCGUACAGCUAAGGCUUUGAAGUCUCUGCAGUUUACUAACCCAGGACGACAGACUGAAUUCACUCCUGAGACCAGUAAGAGGGAAAAAAGAAGGCUGCAAACAAAAAAUCCAUCAUUUAACUCUGACAGGCAAGUUAUACCAGCCAAGAGUAAAGUCUACGAUAGCCAGGGACUACUUCUUUACAGUGGGAUGGACCUCUGUGACUGUCUUGAUGAAGAUUGCCUGGGAUGUUUCUAUGCUUGCCCCAAGUGUGGCUCCAACAAAUGUGGCACCGAAUGUCGCUGUGACCGCAAAUGGCUUUAUGAGCAAAUUGAGAUAGAAGGAGGAGAAAUCAUUCGUAAUAAGCACGUUGGUUAGUGCAUAUGCUCUUUUUUUUUUUUUUUUUUUAGAUGUAUGUUCCACUCUUAAACAACUUUUAUCAUUUAGUUGUUCAAUGAAAACCAUUGUAGUUAAUUGUGAAUUGUCAUAAAUGUGCUUCCACGUUCCAUCUCAGUAUGAUUAAGGAAAUACUCUUAAUCGUACUACUUGUCACACUUCAUUCCACGUUGUACUGUCUUGUUAAUGACUUAAGUUUUGCACUGUAAUGAAGUGUAAGGUGCUAAAUUUCCACGUGGCAUACCAUUGUCCACUCACAAUCAUUUCACAUAUGCUUUGUUGAGUGUACCGUCUCCCUGUAUCCCUCAUUUUUUAGUUGCAUGGUUUUGAAUUACUGUAUGUGAAACGCUUUUGUAUUGUUAUUUAUGAAGCUACGUCCAGUAUUAAUAAAGAUUUCUCCAGUACUAACAGUGAAUGCUACAUCUUCUAGAAAUUAUCACAGCUACCUCUGAUAAAUUCAAUCCUUUUCACUUAGCUUUACUCAAAGGUAUUUAGGAGUACGGAUCCCUUUCGAGUUACUGGGAUUUGGGAUCCAGUUAUCCUUAAGAAUUCAAAAGUCUCACUGUUAAGUGUUAUUAAACUGUCAAAAUGCUGAAAAAGAUAUAAAAGUAUUUCAUUGUGGUAGCGUUUGGUUACUUUCUUGUAACAACUGAAAUAAUUUUGUUGUAUUUCUUAUUGGUCUGUAAUUGGACUGAUACUUCACAGCCCUCUCCCCUUUCUUUCUUUUUGCUUGUUUUUAAGGUAAAGGUUUACAUGCAGCUGAAAUGAAUUCAACCUGUCUGUUCCCAAACUAAGAAUAUCCAGACUGCUACAAAAAUCAGUUGAACUGAAAUUUUUGGUUGAUAAAAUAUUUCUCCUCAGCAUGUUUAAAUUUUGCUGAAUUACAAGAUUUAUGGAAAUAAGAAUUUGUAAUUGAAAUAUUAGUUAAUAUUUAAUGUGUUAUUCUCUGGUAUUUUUGUGCUGUGUUAAAAGUACAUUUUCUGCUUCUAUGACAGACUUGGAAGAUCUGUAUGUUUGUUAAAUCACAUUUAUUCAAGAAUACUGUUAACUAUUACUUUCUGAAACUUUUUUGUGAUAACUUUGUAUAAUCUUGCUAUUUGUUCAGAGUAUUUAUAUUUAAAUUUCUUGAAGGUUGCCACUGUUAAAAUCCAGUUAUGCUUUGUGUUGUACUGACAUCUGCUGGUCCUAGCCAGGCAUAAGCAUGGAUUUACUCUACCUUGUUGCUGUUAGAUCCACUUAGAAAAUAAACGGUCUUUCUUUUGUUCAA